AUGCCACGCCGAGGAGAGAGUGAAGUGGUCUUCGACCUGAACGUGGAGGCCCCUAUAAAAGAUGUGGACAACGAGAAAAUGAAGACUCUAGCGAAAGAACAUAAUGGAAAUUACGAAGAUACGAAGGAUGAAAACCACGUGGAGAACCUGAACGAAGUGUUACUAGGGAUGAAUUAUUACAAAAAAAACAUUACCAAUGUUACUCUGCUCUCACUUAUUAAAGAUGCAACGAUCAACUUUGUGGCUGACAUGGAGAACGAACUAACCAAUUCAUUGCAGGAGGAGAAAAACGAAUUCAAUGAUUCAUAUGCGAAAAGUAUUAAACUGAAAAGAGGAAAAAUUUUGGGAAGCUACAAGAAUAACAUGAUGUUGAAUAGCCACCUUAACAUAGAUCUCGGGUUCGAAUAUAAUUUAAACACUAUGUUGGGAAGGAAAUGCAAAUACAGGAAUUUUCCUUACUAUCAUAACCUAUUUAUUAUUUUGCUAAAGAAUCUCUUUUUCUCCAAAGAUUUUUCACGCAAUUUAAAGGAACAGAACUUAUCUCACAGUGUAGAUAUCAGCGUGGGUGUAAAGACCUGGUUGAAUAAUUCAAAGUCGAUUCUAGUCCUCACCGUCUAUAAAAGGGAGAAGCAUGUCGGUAAUAUCCACUUGAUUCUUUACCCCUCGAAGAAGGUUACCUCGAGUAUGCUUCAGGUUUAUAGGAAGUUCUAUGCGGGCAUGUUAGAGAGGAGCCCCCCACAGGGAGAGGAAAAAACAAAUGCAGGAGGGGAGGCAAAAGGGAAGAAGAAAAAGAAUGGGAAAAAUGGAAAGGGAACGGAAAAAGUUGUAGAGAAGGGAGGCAGUGGAAAGGGUACAGAAAAAAUAUCAGGAGAAGAUCAAAUGACAAAAAGAAUAAGAACCCUGUGCACCAAAAGAACCAUUUUAAAAAAAUUUAUCCUUACGGAAUGUCACCUAAUAGAGUGUGAUAAUUUAAUAAAAAGGAGUAUUGCUAAUAUAAAUGCGUACAGACAGGCUGUAAAAUUACUUAAGUUAUGGUGCUUGAACAGAAGAUUACUACAUACCUUCUCCACUCGUGAUGAAACAACUGAACGAAAACCUAAACAGGGAGAGAAAUGUAGAAUUGGAAAUUUCGUCCAUUACACAGAUAUCAACUCCUUUGCACUGAGUCUUAUCUGUAGCUACGUUUGUCAUGAACAAAAGUUGGAGAGGUGUGAUGCCUUCCUCAUUUUUAAGAAGACGAUAAGCUUUUUAAGCGGCAUGGAUAUAUGUAAUAAUGUGUAUGAAUACCACAAUGGAAUCUUUACUUCUUCGGAGCGAGAAAAGGGGAAUUCUUCAUCAGGACCAACAGAAGGACCACACAUCUUCUUGAUUAAUGCACUGUAUGAUCCGUUUCAGUCCAUUUUUUGUUCUCUGACUGAACUCAUCGAAGAAGCGAAGAAGGCAGAAUAUUCUCUUCGUUGUGGUAAAUUAUACGAUGUGUUUGCGGCGAAUUAUGAAUGCUUCUCCAUGAAUUAUGAAGAGGAGUUGUUUUUCCCCUUGAUGGUUAGCAACUACCUACACAACUACAACGAGGUGGUGAUGACCGUGCGGAGGAACUUGGUGCGAGGCUUGGGUGAUCGAUUGGGUGAGAUGGCCGUUCGUCUGGUGCGCUUUUGCCUGCAGGAGGAGGCAGCAAACGACGAAGAGGGCAAAGAGAAUGGAGCCUGCACAAGGGGUGAGGACGAUGGUUGCGCCAUAAUACAGGGCAACGGAUCGCAGAGUCUGUUCCACGAAGUUUUCAUCACGUGCAAGCGGCGCAAAGGAGAAAACACCGAUCCCAUGACAACAGUUGGGGAGAAGGAUAAAUCCAAAAAGAUUUUUUUGAAGAAGAAAACUCUCGUAGGAGUGAGCUUCUUCCUAAAGACAAAGAAUGUCAUGAGGUUGACGGAUAUAUCCAAGGAGCUGUACACUCCAGAGGGAUCCUCCCUUUUUAAGAAGUUCUGGGGAGAUAAAGCAACCAUAAGGAGAUUCGAAAAUAACACAAUUUUUGAGGUGGUUGAGUGGAAGAAGCCUGGCACGAGAUUAGCUAAGAAGAGAAACUUUUCAAGGAGUUUACAUGAUGAUAGUGAAAGCGAGGAGGAGGAUCGCAAUGUGGGAAAUCCCUUUUUUGAGAUUCUGUUUAGCCAUUUGUACGAAGGAAAAAACCCAUCAGUGCAUGUACAGGCAAUCAAGUAUAUCUUACGUAUGAUGAGGUUCAACGAAGCACCCACCUUGGAGCAGGGGUUGUAUGAAAGAAUAGAUUCUCUAAAGAGGGACGACGGAAUUCAUUUAUACAGCGGAAAGAGAGUGAAGAAGAAAACCUUCUUUGUGUAUCUUCCCUCUCCAUUGUUAAUGAAAGAUGUGUACUUCACGUACUACGGAAAGAUUAACAAUUUAUAUAACGAAGUGAAAAAUAUUUUGUAUAGUAUGACUGAGAAACUCUUCACCGUGUGUAAUGUGAGUAGCUCAAAUGACAUUCUUAAGAUGACUGACCUGGGUUAUAGGAGAAAGAAACAGAAUGUUAUUGAUGUUGUUGUAGAUAUAAAAUUCAAUAACGUGAAUUAUAAAAAUGCACAGAACUUUUUUCGUAUUUAUGAAAAUGCCAAGGGAAUUAUUUGUAAUAAGAUUUCUACGGAUGGACAGAAUUUUUUUUCAAAAGUGGAAAAUAAGAACUUUUGUUUGGAUGUAUGUUCUAAACUAGUUCUUUUCAGAUUACAUAUAUUUGUAAGUAAGGUGAUGGAGAGGAAUCUGAUUCAAGUGACAAAUCUGGACGAUGUAAGAAUUGAGCAUGUAGAUUAUAUGAAGAAGAUAAAGAAUUAUAUUUUCAGACCGCUAGUCUCUUCAUUCGUUUAUUUUUACGCAACGAAAUUUGCAUCCUUCCACUUGUCUGUGAAGAUAUGUAAACUUUGGUUCAUGUGUAAGGGUAUAUGGUGUUGUGAUGACUUGGUAGAGAAUGUUCUAUAUUAUUUAUACACGGAAGAGUUUAAGAGACAUGCUAAGAGGAAUGCCUUUUUCUUGCAGAAAGGUUUACCCGGAACUAAUACUCCACAUGCACAGUUUCUCAAGUGGAUCCGCCUUUACAGGAAAAUCUCCCGAGUAGAAAAAGCGGAAGAGCGCAUUUACUACCGUACCCUGUGCGAGAGGGAGAACAUCCCCGUGGACGGAAAUCCAAAUGCUGGUGUCACGAGUGCAAGUGACAGUGCAGACGAUGCCUCUCUCGUCGCUAUCUCUCCCUCUCAGAAGAGCCCUUCCGAAGUGAGGAAGGAAAACCCCAAAGGCACUCUCUAUACUUCUAAGGGAAGAAAAGGAAACAACAACAUACAUCAGGUAGGCAAAUCGAAGAAGGAGGACCCCUCAUCAGGAGGAACGACAACAGACAAUUUGGGUGAGCCUACAGAUACCACUGACAUAGGAGACGAAUUCUUAGAUUCCUUCUCCAUAUGCCCCAAAACGGCACUGACGAAAUUUCUGUCUUUCCUGAUUAGCUACGAUUGGCAGAACAAGCCCCUCAUCGUGGAUUAUGACAAUUGCCUCAGGGAGGAACAUAAAAUUAAGCUAAUAAAUUCCUUCCAUGCGAGAAAAAAAAACAAAGAUGUGAAAAAGAACUUCUGGAUCUGUUCAUUGUAUGACCCACACUGUCUACUCAUCGACCUACCCCACCAAUUAUUCGACUUAAUUCUCUCCGAAGCGAGCAAGUCGCUAGAAAUGAUAAAAAAACUGCAUAUAAAUUUUGAGCGGGAAAAUUGGAUAUCACUUUUUCUGAUGCAGAGAAGGAACUACGACAUGGUGUUAAAUUUCCACAGUCCCGAGAAAUCCCUAAAUUUGUUAAAACAGAAAAUAAAGGUAGCGCAGGAUUCUGGGGGUGUUGUUGAAGUGACUGCGGAGGGGCAGACGGCAACGGGGGGAGUUCAACCCAACUCUAAUCAAUCGAACAAGAAGAAGAAGCAAUCUUUGAAGGAAGAAGAUGGGGAGGAUGCAAAGGAAAAUGAAAACAUAGUAACAACAUCAAGUAGUAAAAAAGUACUGAGUGAAAACAAUACGCAAACACUCAACCAUAUGUACAGAAUGGACGAGGCCUACGACCUAUCGUACCUAGACGACAUCACCAAAGUCAAGGUAACAAAAGUUUGUGAUAUGCUUAAGGGGUUACAGAAGUAUGAAUUUCUUUUAGUGUACAAGAGCUACUUUGAUCAUUUUAUAAAAAACGUUGAGAAGAAAUUUUCUUGUCAGAUAACGUUGAUGUACAAUCCCCUAUGCUUUAACGAAAUUCUGGACAUUCAUUCGUUCCGGAAUAAAAUAAAAAGAAAACUUCGUAAGGCACCAGAACAGUAUGAAAAAGUAAGCAUGUCUUGGAGACCAAAUGUAUUCAUCACAUUUAACCCUUCCUUCAUCAGUAACGUUGCCCAGAAUGAGGUACCAGUGUUAGUGAGCCAAGAUGCAGAGGAAGGAGAUCCAGGCAAAUCUGCAAAUAUUUGUCAAAGCCCACCUAGUGCACUUAAUUCCUCUCUUGCACUAAGCAACUUUAACGCCUUAAUUCUCUACAUAAAGAGUAACGCGUGGGAUCUUCUUCGCGGGGUUCACUUCCCCACUAUGUGA